AUGGACAGAAGGAAUAUAUGCGAAAGUCGUAAGUUCAUAGGAAAUUUGAUUGGAGGAUUGGUAAGCAGUGAUGAUAAAAAUCCUAAGGAUGAGGAUUAUGCCUGCUAUGAUUCAAUCCAAAAAAUCAAACUUCUGAAGAAGCAGAAUAAGAUAAUUCAAAAGCAAAGAAUGAAGCUUCGUAAAUUGCUCAGAAACCAGAGACUCUAUGAAACUAUUCAAGAACGCAACGCCCAGCAAUUAGCCCAGGACUCCGCUCAGGAUUCCGCUCAGGACUCCGCUCAGGACUCUGCCCAGGACUCUGCUCAGGACUCUGCUCAGGACUCCACCCAAACUACGAUAAACUUUGGUCAGAUUAGCAAUGUUGGGACUCGUGGUGAUAUUCAAAUUCAUCAAGAAUCGAACCCCACCACGAAUAUCUUCAUUACUCCUCCCAACGCUAGGAUGCAGCCAUGGAAUGCUGAAAACUCUCAAGAUGCAAAGAAGCAACUGGUGAGGUUCAGACACAGCGACUCAUCAAAUUCCUCCAGACCACAGAAGAUACUGGUAGAAGAGGAAAAAGGACAUCCUACUCUGAGCCCGAACAUGGAUCAAUAUGGAGUAGAGGUUGAUGAUAUUCAAUACCAAGAUCUUAUUGGGAGAGUCAGUGAAAGUCUAGAUGAGUUAGGAAGAAUAGGCAAUGAAAGGCAAGAGAAAAUGAUAGAUGUGUUUGUUAAUGCUUUAAUACAAACCAUUGAAAUAUCAAACUUCGUUGAAGACAAAGAAGCAUGGCUUCAAUGCAUGCUGAAUAUCAUCAGCAACAUCUUUGAUGAGCUUCAAAGAAGUGAUAAGAAGCUUCCAGAAUUUUUCAAAACUGAAGAAGCAAACUCUUUGCUAAAAGAGAAGCUUGGUGAUAAAUACAAAGAAGAAAUAAAUAGCUUGAGGAAUAGUACUCCUACAAUUAACAAUGAUGACAGGCUCAGUGUCGACGAAUCCUCGAUUUCUUCUCUUUGCCUGAAUGAUAGCAGAGAAUUAGCCGAGAACUUCGAAGCAAUGUGAAACAUCUCCUCUCAAGAAGAAUUUGUUGAUGAUAAAGAAACAAAAGGAGAUUUAGAAGAAGAGCUCAUAAAAGGUUCAGAAGGUAGGCUCGAAGGUCAGAGUUUCAAACACAACGAUGUUUUGAAGGAGAAAGUUUUAAAUAUUAGAGUAUCCAGAAUAGAUGGUGAAAGCGAGGUCAUAACAGUUUUGUAUUUGAUGGAAGAUGGCCUUUUAGAUAGACAAGACCUACUGCAACAGCUUGAUGAGCAUUGAUCUAUAAGGACCACAACUCAAGUGCUCCAAAUAGACUUCAACGGAUCACUCCAUUAUGAGCUUUUAUCUUUCCUCUCAGGAAGAGAAGAAGGAUUUCCUGUCAAUUUGAUGAUUAACUAUCAGAAAGUAGUUAUAUCUGGAAUAAGAGUAACAGAAGCCGAGCUUGGGCAAUUGAUUGGCUCAUUACCGGCCAUUCAGAUUUUAAUGCUUAAUGAAGUUCGUAUCUCCUCACCUUUGUACGCCUUUAUAAGAGGAGAGUUUCUUCAAAACAUAGCUAUUGAAGGACCAAGAUUUGAAGAACUCAUUGUAAAGGAUAUUUUGUUCGGUACAGAAGGUACUAUUACUAAGAACUUAUCCGAGUUGAAGAGAUUGAUUAAGAAACUCAGAGAUAGUUUGAAAGAUUUAGUUUCAAACAAGAUUACUUUCACGAGCAAAAGUAUCAGCAAAAAGAUAGCCAGAGAUGUAUUCAAUGAAUUGAUUAAAGGAGGUGACAAAGUUCAACAUGAUGAAAGAACUAUCAUCUAUGUACUAAGAGAUGAUACUUCUGAUUACUAAUCUCAGUUAUAUGAUGCUGCUGUUGCAGUUG